AUGCACUUAAGCUGGCAAAGGAAUGGCAGUCUGCCCAACCUCAGCACAAAGUUAACUCUGUUUCGCCCAAAGACUGUCAACCACCGAACCAGAAAUCACUACCCUGCAGGUCCUCAAAACGCUCUUCUCAUCUUUUCAGACGCUGCUUGGAAUAGCACCACCUGUGACAGCGGUUUGGGAUGGGUUGCCACUGAUAUAAAUGGAGCUGUAAGUUUCCAAGGGUCAUCGAGUCGCCGUUAUGUUGCAUCAGUCUUGGUAGCUGAAGCACUGGCUCUAAAAUCAGACCUACAACAGGCUGUUUCAUUGGGGUACAAGGACGCAGUCUGUUUAUCAGACUCUCGCUGUCUAUUUGGCCUCCUCACAGGAAACUCUUCUGUGAUCUCAAUUCAAGGACUGCUCCAUGACAUCUGCGCGUUGAGCAGUUCCCUCAACUCUAUCUCCUUUAAGUUUAUCUCUCGAGCUUAUAAUUCUGCUGCUGAUUGUAGUGCGAAGAAUGCUCUGUUUGUACUUUCUAACUCACCCAGUGGGAUGAGGAACUCUUUGGCUGAUAACGUUUAA